GGAGGGGGUGCGGGCAGGCGACAGGUCCCGGGCUCCCCUCCCCCAGCCUGAGUCUCCCCGGCAACAGCAGCCUCGGUCUGGGGCUCGGCCCCUCCCCCGCCCCGCCCCGGCUGCGGCUGCGAAGCGUCUGGAACCGCAACCUUCCUCCGCAUCCUGGUCUGGGGGACCUCAUCCUGCCGCAGCUGCCCGUUGGAACCGCCCGUGAGCCGUCUCUACAUUUCUUCCCGUGGAGUGGGGACAAGGACCGCCACCCACCAUGGUGAAGCUGGGCUGCAGCUUCUCUGGGAAGAUGGGCAAAGACCCUGGGGGCCAGGAUGGGGCUGCCGCUGACAGCGCCCCUCUGAUCAGCCCCCUGGAUGUCAGCCAGCUGCAGCCACCAUUCUCUGACCAGGUGGUCAUCAAAACACAGACGGAAUACGAGCUGUCCUCCAUGGACCAGCCAAAGAAGUUCUCAGACCUGGAGGCCCAGAAGCUGGCCUGUGGCCACCCAGAGGAAGGACGCAGGCUGCCCACAGCACGCAUGAUCGCUUUCGCCAUGGCGCUCAUGGGCUGCGUCCUGAUCAUGUACAAGGCCAUCUGGUACGACCAGUUCACCUGCCCCGACGGCUUUCUGCUGCGGAACAUAUUCGAAUCCUUCUUGAAAGAUGAAGAGAAAAGCUGUUUUAGUUUCCUGUAAUUUAAAAGUGAGUAACGCCUGGGAGCAGGUGCGGUGAACAAAGCAGAGUGUGCCCGCGAGCCCUCGCGGCUCAGCGCUGCCAUUCCUCCAACGAGUCACUGACUUGUGCCAGGCUUUCUGUGUAACAUAACAUUAACAUUUUCUCCAUAAUUGG